AUGAAGGAGCAAGUAAAUGGAGUAGCCACAGAUAGAGACAAGCACCGUCUUGAAGUAGGACCUACUGAUGAGGACAACGAAUUCGAUCUUAUUAGCGAUCAUAUAUUAGUUAGAAAAAAUAGGAAAUCUAUAAAAGAACUUAUGGAAGCAGGAAUUUGGGGAGCUCCAAAAGAGAACCUCAAAAUGAUAAGAGAAAGGACAAACAAAAAAAUUAAUUGGAAUUAUAUUCUAAAAAAAAACAAUAAAUUGCUAAGUGAUAAUGUUGACCAUAUAUAUAACGAAAUUUACAGAAAAGAAAAUGUGGAUGAUAUUUUUUUUGUGUUCGAUACGAAUCCGUAUAGCUACUUAAAUAUCACUAUGAGCGUUUUUUCGCUGUACAAAAUUGCUACGAGCUACUUGAAUGAGAGGAGACAGAGAGUGGAUUCUUCUCUUAAAGGAAAGAAGGUCGGUGUGCUGUCGUCAAAUGGGACAAGUAAGGAUCCACUGGGGGGAGACCAUCCGAAUGAUAAUUUCCUCACCAUGGACGGAAGUGGGGAAGACAACUACGGAGAGGUAGACGAUAGCAAUAUCCUUAAGCUGAAGGAUGAAAGGAGGAGACUAAAUCACAUCACGCGAAACAGGAACUUUAUGAGAAUAGUAGGCAGCAUAAAUAAGCAUCUUAAAAUUAUAUAUAAAAUAUUUUCCACAAAUGAGAAGCUAACGAAGUAUGAAAAAAACAGAGAUAUGUAUAAAUUCAUUCCUUACAUAAACAUCAAGGAUAUUAUUACCAUUUUGAGAUGCUUCUCCAUUUUGAAAUUCGAUCACACGAAUAUUUUUAAGUACAUAUAUUUUUUCCUCGUUUUUUUUAUGGACCAAUUCGAUAUGUUCCUGCUGUGUGAGGCUGUGUACCUUUGCUUGGUGAAGAAGAUUUACGUCCGCCCGCUAUUCCUCAAUUUUUCGAAGCGUCUUUUGGGGUACCUGCAGAGGGGCGGCGAGGGGAGCGAUAAGGGGGGCAAUACAGGAAGUGAUAAGGGGAGCAGUACGGGAAGUGAUAAGGGAAGCAAUACGGGAAGUGAUAAGGAAAGCAAUACUGGAAGUGAUAAGGAAAGCAGUGCGGAAAGCGUUGGCGCUGCCACGGAGGAUGCCACGGAGGAUGCCUCGAACGAUGGCGCUAUCGCGGCCGCCGGUGCCCGGGCCGCACCGUACGACGAAGCAAACUUGGAGGCCUUCUGUCGCAACAUGGAGCAGGCGCUGCAGAGGGACGACCCCGAACCCGACCACUUUGCCUCCUCCCCCUUUCACAUGAAGCACUUCAGCUAUUCUAUCUACCACGAUGCGAACUACUCCUCCCUAAACAGCUCACAAGAUGAGCUAGCGAAGGAAAAGGAGCGAAAAAAUGAUGAUGUGAACAGAUUUGCUGCCCAAGAUUUGAGACACGCAAAAAGGGAGUUCAUCGAUUCGAGCCAAAUACAAAGAAAGUCGAACGACCCCCCCGAAGUGACGUCCCCUCAGGUGGAUAGUCAAUCCAUCUGCUUCCCUGUAUACUGUCUCUACACCCUGUGCAAGUUCCCCUACACGAAUGUACAAAUAUUAAAUAUGAUCAUGUCUCAAAUUAUGGAAAAAGCAUCAGAGCUAAGCAUAGAAGAGCUCAUUCUGUCCUUUUACAGUCUUGCUGAAUUGGAGGUCAACUCUCCUAAGCUGUUGAAUUCCCUAUUUUUGCUAAUUUUUAAUUCUCUACAUUUUUUAGACUACAGAAAUAAUGGCCUGGUUACGAAGCUGAUAAGAGCCUUGUACUUAGUUGAAGGAGAAAUUUUUGGUUCCCUCGGGGAGGAGAACCGUUGUGAAGAGAUGAAAACGCUUAUGGUGCACUACCUAGCCAAAAUGGUUUUUCAUAAUCGAAACAACUACACGCCGAUCGAACUGGUUGAUAUCAUUCGGUAUAUGUCAGCCUUCUCACACAUCGACAAGGAAUUAUUCAACUUCGUCUAUGAGAUGCCAUUUUUACAAAAUUUGAACCAAAACACGUUGGACUAUUACAAGAAUAAUGUCUAUUUUAAUCAGUCCUAUUAUGCUUAUACGAAAGAUAGCAGCGUUAACACUCCCAUCGAGAUAAUGGUGUGCAAGCUGUAUCAGUCGUACUUGGCGUACCGCGCGUGGGGGGUGCGGAAGGGCGAUGCAGCCAUGGGGGCGGGGUCACCACAGAUGGGUGAUGCGACCAUGGGGGCGGGGUCACCACAGACGGGCGAUGCGGCCAUGGGGGUGGAGUCACCACAGAUGGGUGAUUUACUGCAGAGGGGUGACAUCCCCGCCCUGCACGCCAUUCGCGCGCACAACGAAAAGGUGAAGCCAUUUCAGUAUAAGCCCAAGCUGCUGCAGCUGUUCAGGCAAACCUACACAAACAACAUGCGCAUAUCCUCCUACAGCUCCUCCUCGCUGCACUACGAAAUGGCAGAUAUAAUUAAAAAGGAUUUAAAGAUUCCCUGCCAUGUCGAAUACGUGACAGACAAGGGGCUGUUUAUUGACAUUGUGAUACUUCGAGAAGACUUGAUAAAAUUCGAUGCGUCUUUUUCUGGUCUUCGUGAUAUCGCCAUAGAGGUGAAUGGCCCGUUCCACUACAAGACCAAGUCGUACAGCGGGGGAGUUCCACCCCUCAACACGAAAACGGUCGUCAAGCAGAGGCUGCUCGAGCACGACAAGUGGCGCGUCAUCUCCCUCCCCUUUUGGGAAGUGAAGCCAUGGUUCAGCAAGAGCAGAAAGGAAAACUACAUCUUGCGAGUGCUUCCCGAUGAACUGAAGUCCUUUUUCAGUAACAAAGUCGGGGCGCCUUAA